ACUUCUGCCUAUACGAUGACAAAGCUGUGAACAGUAUAAAGGGCGAGACUCACAUUUUGCUCUUCGCUCUCUCUUUCUCUCUCUAGAUGUUGAUGGUGUGAGAAAAAGAAGAGAUUAACGUGUGGAAAUGGAGAAGUUCUUGAAGGACGUCGAGGUGGAGUACAAGAAUCCAUCGGAGGAGGCUAUAAGGAGAUGGAGAAGCGCCGUCGCGCUCGUCAAAAACCCUCGCAGAAGGUUUCGAUUAGUCCCCGAUCUCGCCAAGCGCUCCGAGGCCGAAAAGAAGAAGCUUCAAAUCCAGGAAAAGAUUCGAGUUGCUCUUUAUGUUCAAAAAGCAGCACUGCAGUUCAUUGAUGCUGGUGAUCGUGGAUCUAUUGAAAAGCCAGGUCAUGAUGAACUCCAGCUCCCAGAAGAUGCCAGAAUGGCAGGUUUUAGCAUUCACCCAGAUGAACUUGCAUCUAUUACACGUGCCCAUGAUAUUAAGGCCUUGGAAAGCCAUGGUGGAAUUCAUGGGAUUUUAAGGAAAGUCAAUGUCUCGGUAGAUGAAGGUGUCAAGGAUAGUAAUAUACCAAUUAGACAAAAUGUUUAUGGCUUAAACCGUUACAAGGAGAAACCUCCCCGAACUUUUUGGGUGUUUGUCUGGGAAGCACUACAGGACUUAACACUAAUGAUCCUUAUGGUCUGUGCUGUGGUUUCUAUUGGAGUUGGAAUUGCCACUGAAAGCUGGCCCAAAGGCACGUACAAUGGUCUGGGAAUUUUAAUUAGUAUAAUUCUAGUGGUUAUGGUUACCGCCAUUAGUGACUACAAGCAGUCUUUGCAAUUCAAGGAUUUGGAUAGGGAGAAGAAAAAGAUUUUUGUUCAGGUCACUAGGGAUGGAAAAAGACAAAAAGUUUCCAUUUACGACUUGGUUAUUGGAGAUAUUGUGCUUUUGUUGAUUGGGGACCAAGUUCCAGCUGAUGGACUUUUCAUAUCUGGGUACAGUUUGCUGAUUGAUGAGUCAAGCUUGUCAGGUGAGAGUGAGCCAGUGAAUGUAUCUGAAGGGAAGCCUUUUCUUCUUUCCGGAACUAAAGUGCAGGAUGGGUCAUGUAAAAUGCUAGUGACUACAGUUGGUAUGAAGACUGAAUGGGGAAAGUUGAUGGAAACUCUGAGUGAAGGAGGAGAAGAUGAGACCCCACUGCAGGUGAAGCUUAAUGGUGUCGCUACAAUUAUUGGUAAAAUUGGUUUGACUUUUGCAGUGUUGACAUUUUUGGUAUUGACAGUAAGAUUUUUGGUGACAAAAGGACCUAACAACGAGAUCACUGAUUGGUCUUCAACUGAUGCCGUAACCCUUUUGAGCUACUUUGCUAUUGCGGUAACUAUAAUUGUUGUUGCAGUUCCCGAAGGAUUACCAUUAGCAGUGACGCUGAGCCUUGCUUUUGCAAUGAAAAAAUUGAUGAAUGACAGGGCACUUGUAAGGCAUCUCUCAGCAUGUGAGACAAUGGGUUCUGCUAGUUGUAUUUGCACAGAUAAAACUGGAACAUUAACUACAAAUCAUAUGGUAGUUACCAAAGUAUGGAUGUGUGAAAAAUCUGUAGAUGUAAAAGAAAAUGACAGUAAAGAAACAUUGAUAUCAGAAAUAUCUGGAGCAUCAAGCAUCCUUUUGCAGGUUAUAUUCCAAAAUACAAGUUCUGAGGUUAUUAAGGAUGAUGGAAAGAUCUCCAUUUUGGGAACACCAACAGAGUCAGCACUAUUAGAGUUCGGUUUACUUUUAGGUGGGGAUUUUGAUACCCUGCGCAGAGAGGUUAAGAUUCUUAAGAUCAGACCUUUCAAUUCUGUCAGGAAGAAAAUCUCUGUGCUUGUAGCUUAUCCUCAUGGUGGAACACGAGCUUUUUGCAAAGGUGCAUCAGAAAUAGUACUGGGAAUAUGUAACAAGUACAUUGACUCUAAUGGGGAAUCUGUUCAUCUCUCCAGAGAAAUGGUAAAGAAUAUCACGGAUGUCAUAAAUUCUUUUGCCUGUGAAGCAUUGAGAACUCUCUGCUUAGCUUUUAAGGAUAUAGAUGACUCUUCCAUCGAAAAUGGCAUCCCAGAUGAUGGCUAUACAUUGGUAGCAGUUGUCGGUAUUAACGACCCUGUGAGCCCGGGGGUCAGGGAGGCAGUUCAGACUUGUUUAGCUGCUGGAAUCACUGGUGACAAUAUAAAUACAGCUAAAGCCAUCGCUAAAGAAUGUGGCAUACUCACAGAGGGUUGUAUAGCAAUUGAAGGACCUGAGUUUCGUAGCAUGUCUCUAGAGAAGAUGAAAACUGUGAUACCGAAGAUACAGGUAAUGGCCCGGUCUUUACCGUUGGAUAAGCACACAUUGGUAAAAAAUUUAAGGGAUGAAUUUGGUGAGGUUGUUGCUGUGACUGGUGAUGGGACUAACGACGCUCCCGCUUUGCAUGAGUCAGACAUUGGACUUGCUAUGGGCAUAGCAGGAAUAGAGGUUGCCAAAGAAAAUGCCGAUGGCAUCAUAUCGGAUGACAAUUUUAAAACUAUAGUAAAUGUGGCCAGAUGGGGACGUUCAGUGUACAUAAACAUUCAAAAGUUUGUGCAGUUCCAGUUAACAGUUAACGUUGUUGCUCUAAUGAUCAAUGUUGUUUCUGCAUGUGUCUUAGGAUAUGCUCCCCUUACAGCGGUGCAACUGCUCUGGGUGAAUAUGAUUAUGGACACUCUUGGUGCUUUGGCACUGGCAACAGAGUCUCCAAAUGAUGGACUUAUGAAAAGGCCCCUAGUUGGGAGGGGUACCAACUUCAUCACCAAGGCUGUGUGGAGAAAUAUCAUUGGUCAGAGUAUCUAUCAACUGGCUGUCCUUGGAGUUCUCAAUUUCUCUGGGGAGAAGCUACUAGGACUAACUGGUUCAGAUGCAACUGAGGUUCUCAACACUGUGAUAUUCAACGCAUUCGUGUUUUGCCAGGUGUUUAAUCAGAUAAACAGUCGCGACAUAGUAAAGAUUAACGUAUUCCAUGGAAUGUUCGACAGCUGGGUAUUUCGAAUCGUCAUGGUUUGCACAGCAACCUUCCAGUGGGACCCAAAAACUCACAGGCCAGCAAGGCGAGAGCUUUCUCCGGUCGAGCAAAGGGCAGUGCCCAGAACACCCAGAGAGAGCUUUCCUGAAGCCAGUAUGCAGACCAAGGCCAGCAAGGCAGGCAAGAGCUGGUCGAGCAAAGGGGCAGUGCCCAGAGCACCCUCAGAGAGCUCUCCUGACACCAAUAUGCAGAUUGAUAUCUCCUCAGAUUCCAAUGGAACAACCUGUGCUGUCGUUCGGUAUAAAAAAGGAUUCCUUUUCGUUACUGAUGGACGCCGCACAAAAUCUCUAGAAAAUGAUGAAAGAAAAAUCAUCUGUGAUGAUGUCAUAAAAUUCAGGUAUGUUUGCAAAGAUCAGUUUGGACACGACAUAUGUUCUGUUUCGGCGGGAUCGGUAAAAACGAUAGGCCGUCUCUGGAAACGUGUGCUAGAGUGUGAAUUGAGUCCUCGUACUGUUUCUGAAGUAGUAGAUCUUGUUCAGAAGACACUGAUGACAGUAUACAGUCUGAAGGAUUUCAAAUCUGGUGAAACGUGUUCAAUAAUCAUUGCUGGAGGACUUGGACAAGAGAUUUUCCAUGUUGGUGGUCGCUUAGCAAAUAUGCCUCAUUAUAUAAGUUGCGCCUACCAUGUCAUAGGUUCAGGAUCCCGAUUAGUAAACGCUGCAUUGGAAGUACUUUACUCUGAUCAACAUGAUGAAGGGACACUUGUAAGGACUGUUGAGAAAUCAUAUCUGUUUGCUAGUUUGCAUGAUCAAUCUACAGGAGGGUUUAUUAAAUUUUAUAAUGUUCAUGGUGAAAUACAUCAGCACCUAUUCACUAAACACACUCUCGAAUUAUACAGAGACAUAUAUGCAGAUCAUAUUAAACCGGACGAGGUAGCGGUGCUUAUCUUCUCUAAGGACUUUGAUAAGAAGCGUAUUCAUAAGUGUUUCCACAGGGAGACAGUUUUGAGGCACGCUCAUGUGUUGGGCUACGUGAGAGGCUAUCAAGUGAAUAGAGUGGUAUUGAAAAGGACAGAUUAUGAGAACCACCUAUGUACUGUUCGGUUUGUAAAAGAAAAGUUACUUAGCAGUGGAUAUGUACCUGAGUGUAAAGAUUCCGUGAUUAAAGAUUUCAAUUUUUCUUUUUACAAGCUGAGCCAAAAACAUAGGAAAGGGCUUUACUAUUUUACAGAGGUUUCUAGGGAUAUAUUAAAGGAUCUGGUUCCACAAGGGAUGGUGGAAGGAUUAAUUGGGAGAAAUGCAUAUCACCCUGGAAGAGAACAAAGUCUAGAGAAUGUGGAAAGACGACUUGUGGUAAAAACUGGUCCUAAAGAAUCCCCAGGGCUAGAGGAUGUGCUGAAUGAAUUUCUUGGAGAAGAACCAAUGCCAGAGGAAGUGCCAGGGGAUGUUUAUGAUGAACUGGAAAUCAAUCAACUGGAGGUCCCUGCUCGUGCUGUGCUACCCUACCUCAUUAGUGAAGGAAGAUGUGGAGAUUUAUAAUUCCCUCCGCCUCCAUGAAGUUGAGGAGCAGCAGCAGCUUACAUGCCAGCCAGAGGCCCGCAAUUUAGUAUUUAGGAGGACGUCUAGUUUGAAGUUAAUUUCCAUGUGUUGUAGUCUUUAAAUGGUUAGAUUGUAUCGAAUAUCUAUCAGUAAUCAUGUCCUGACUGACUGCGUGCAUUAAUGAAUGAUUAUAAUUUCGGAGCUUUCAGUGCAGGGCUGUUAAUAUUUUUUCCUGAACUCUUGAUUAUUCUAACGAUCCAGGGCAGGGCAGUGCAGUGACAGGAAGCUAACCAGGAAUCCAACAGCUUGAUUUUUCAUCCAUGAUAAAAUAAUGUUCCCACCCCCUGAUUUUUCAGCCACGAACCGAACAGCAGCAUCUAUGGCUUGUCCUACUGGGAAGCAUCCAGGUCAGUUAAAAGAUGAUGUAACAUCACCUGGUGGAACUACCAUUGCUGGCGUCCAUGAGUUGGAGAAGGGUGGAUUUCGUGGAAUAUUGAUGACUGCAGUCCUCGCUGCUGCCGAGCGCAGCCAAGAAUUUUCUCAGAGCUAGGCAUAGAUAGUGACUUUCAUAUUUCAACACAUAUUCAUGACAUUGCAAUGAAAUCCAAUUUUUGUUCUCUUCCGUAGCUUAGGGGAUAAACAAAUCAUUUUCAGAGAAUAUUAUUAGACUGCAUUCUUCUGAAUUGAAGGUUGAUUGAAUUACAGGUAAAUUUACCAUCGCACCAGUGUCUGGAGGCUCAUAUUCUCCUGUCAAACCUCAAGUUGUUAAAAUGUAGUUUCAGUGGAGGCCGCUUCUUUCAAGAAAGAAACUGCUUGUUUCAGUUGUUGCUGGAGUCAAAUUGAAAGAUCUGCAGGACAAUCCCAAUUUCGAGGGUGAAACAUGUAGGAUAUGCAUGAAUGCAAUAAUCGACAGGGGUGUUCUCGAUUGCUGCCAGCAUUGGUUCUGUUUCUCAUGCAUUGACAAUUGGGCUACCAUUACAAACCUCUGCCCGCUUUGCCAGAAUGAAUUUCAAAUGAUCACAUGUGUUCCGGUAUACGAUACUAUUGGGAGCCGCAAAGCGGACGAGGACUCAACUUAUAGGUACUUUCAUAAUUAUGGAUAAUGUGUUUAAGUCUAUUGGUGAGGGUUCUUUAUUCACAUUUAUAUGCGGCACAUGUUCCCAAUUUGGAAGUUUGGUUUGUAAAACUUAACUUAUUUCAUUUUGGUUGCAUGCACUUUUAAUUAAAUAGUUUGGUAGACAAAUACAAUUGUGAACUUAAGCUUAA